GAGUGAAAUGCGCUGCAACCUAACUUAACCUAUUCAGUGUAGUUUGGCGUGGUUUCGCGAUUUCGCGAUUGCCCAAGAAUGACCGGGAAAGAACCAUCAAUUACGUCUUUUUCAUUGAAGUGUUCAUUCCAUUUAUACGCAGCAUUUUAUUUAUAGUUAUUUAAUUAAACUAAAGAAGCAAUUAUUAUUUAGCCCGUAGCAAAAAUGGAUUUGAACAAGUUGAACGUUUGUAUGUCGGAGAAUGAUUGGGAUGAAUUACUCAAUAUUUUGAAACCAAAAUUCUUUCCAAAAGAUGACACUGGUAAAUUAAUUGAUUUUCGCAUCCUUGCUAAAGUGGCAACAUUACUGCUAAGUAAUCAACCGUCGGUUCCAAAUAAUGUCAAAGUGGUUGCAUUAAAGUGCCUGGCAAAUUCAUGUGUCAAUGGAUACCAUUACAAAAAAUGUAAUUUAAAAUUGGAGUUGGAAUCAAAGCAUUAUGAUAAAUUAUAUUCAUUACUAUCCAAGAACGACUCGGAGUCUCCUGGACCUAUAAUCGAUCAAGAAGAUUAUUCUUUAUUAGUGCAUUUUCCUUACGAAGGAAUUGCAAAUUGGACAAUAGAUUAUAUCACCGAGCAUAUUAAUAUAUAUGAUGAUUUGUCGGAAGAAGAGUUAGAUAUAUUGAGACUUAGUACGCAAUUCUUAUGCAAUUUUGUUGCAUUUGCAAUAAAAGAAAGUGAUGCUGAUGAUUUUCCUACAUGUUUGUCAAAUGAUGUACUCAAAACUGCAAUUAUGAAAUGUGCACAGAGUGAUCAUACUCCGAUAUCAAAAGCUGCGUGUACUUACAUUCAUAAUUCAUUGAAACGGUUACCUCAAAAUCUAUAUACAGAUGGUGAAAGGAUUCAAUUAAUAUCCCAUUUAAUAAAGCCUGUUAAAUUAGGCAUUCAAGCUGCUAUCGAUGCUAUGAUAUUUCUAUUGAAACAGCCAAAUCAGUUACGUUCUAUUUACGAUGACUUGCCAGUGGAUGAUAAAUUAUAUUUAUUAGAGCUUCUUCAUCUAAACUUAAGAGAUUUUAUCUAUAAAGAAGACAGUAAUGACUUCGAUACAAGUUUAUCCAGCGAUAGCAUUGUCUUUUUGGCAGAAAUGUUUCAGCAAAAAUGUGAUUUGAUUUUGAAAACCGUUGAUUCACGCUUAGAUGGAAAAGAACCAACUGAAAUAAUUAUACUGCUUGACAUAUUAGGUACUUUAACUACAACAUCCUCAACAAGCCACUGUAUCUUACAGGACAAUAAAAGCUUCCUUAUUAACUGCAUAUAUUUGCUCAAGGCAUUACAUACAGCUGGUAAAACAUCAGAGAAUUACUUUACACCAGUACAAAAAUUAAGUGAACUUGCACCCAGUGCUCAGCAUUUGUUAGAUAAAGAAAAUACAGGAGGAGAUCCAAAGCAACCGGCAAUGAAUAAUUAUAAAAAAGACAUACAGGCCCAUCCAGCUUUUGGUUUUAAGGCAGGAUUAAUUCGGAUAAUUGGGAAUUUAGCAUAUAAGCACAAAGCAAAUCAAGAUUCGCUCCGAGAAACCGAAGCGAUACCGCUUCUACUGGAUUGCUGCAACAUGGAUGCUAGAAAUCCACUGAUAAUACAGUGGACAAUUCUAGCGGUGAGGAACGUCUGCGAGGGCAAUCCUGAAAAUCAAAACGUAAUUCGGGAACUGACGAAAGUGGGGGUCGUGGACAGCGCAAUUAUCCGAGAAAUGGGCCUGACGCUACACGAAGGAGAGGAUGGGAAAGCAAUCGGCGUGGUACCAUUAGUCAACAACAAAUGAACAAAUCCGCAAGUACACGUUUUCCUAUUUUCGCGCAUGCAAGAUGUGCUCGACCGACCGUGGAAGUUUCUUAGUUUCCGUUUAACUGGUGGCAUGCUUUAACCAGCGGAUAAGUAAAAUAUUUGGGGCAAAAUUACCCCAGUUUCCUGUGUCCCAGGACCGAAAGGCCACGUCGGUGCGUUAAGUUGAAAUAAAAGAGAGGAGAAAGAACCGUGGACACACCCAAUGUGAAGUACCUCGGCAAUCAUCCCGAAGAUGGAACGAGUUUGAGAGGUGAAAUCGUUAUAGUACGCUUCCUCUUCGAUUUCCACUCCCGAGGAAAAAGUAAUGGCUCCUUUUGGCUAUAAAUAACGAGUUAGAUGAAGCGUUUCCACAGGUAUCAGGCGGCUCUUGCGCAAAUAUCCACGGCAUUUCAAUUAGCGUGCAAGUGGAGUUCGCGAUGGCGGUACUCGAUAUAUAUAUAGGCGUGCAUCACCGUGUUGCAUAUCCGGGGGAAACUCGAAUCAGCGAUCUGUAAUAAUUAUCUAAUUAUAUCGGCCACAAUGUCUUACUACACCGACAGCGCACGUUCGAUAACGUAUCGGUGAUCAUUCCAUCGAUCCUUAUGAAUAAUAACGGGCCCGAUGGCCCCGCGGAUUGUAAACAUAGCUUGUUACAUGCGAUCGCGGAGUGAGCUCGCAAUUAUAAGCCGUAUAGGCAUCAUUACGUGAAAUAUGAUCCCGCGUUGCGUAAAGCGUCAUUUUAACUGCAUUUUCAGCCCGGUGAUUUACGAUUGCAGUAAAGCGCCGCCUGUGCGUUCGCGGUCCGUUGAGUACGGCGCCUUAAGUCGCACGAAGUAAAGGCAAGAAUCAAUCCUAAGGUGAUUUUUAUCUUCUGCAAAUGACGACUAUGAAUGGCGGCUUAUACGAGAUUAUCGUCACUUUCGCAAUGUGCGAUCCAGAGCCUAUGGAUUUUUUUUUUUUUCAGAAUUUCGUUUUCGUUUGGUGGUAAUAGAUUUACACAUGAAUUCAACAACAGGGCUGUUGUGAUGGUUCUUUCACAUCCUGGAGAGUAAAUUAAUAUUUUUCGACUAAGAUAUUGUUAGGUGUUUCUUCGUAAGCUUCGUUAUUACCGUAUUUGUAUAGUACCAAAAUGUUGGGAUCUUGUCACGAUCCAAUUUGUUUAUAGAGGGUUGAAAAAGAAACAACUGUUGAAGAACCGAUCGAUUUAUUUUCGGGUUUAGUCGACACACCUCGGUAAUGAGCCUACGAACAAUACCGAAAUAACGGAGUCUGUCGGCUGUUGCUCCGAGGUCUUAACAAGGAGUAACUAAAUAUGUCUCCGCGUUUUAUGCGGAUAGAAGUAGCCAGGAUCCUGAGUAUUGCAAUCUGACUUCCUGUUUCAGCAGACACACCUUUGGUCGGAUUCACCUAACAAUCCGACACAAUUUGCAAAUUUCGAACGUGUCUGAGAUUUAUACUUAUUGAUGUAACGUGAUGGCAUUUGGCUUUGAUUUAUAAAAGCAGAGACACGCCAUUAUUCGAAAGUGAGGUACGGUUCACCAACACGGUGGAAUUGCUUUCAAAGGGGGGAAUGUUCUCUAUCGGUAUAGAAAAACGCAUCUGUAGAUUUAAAAUACAGCACAGUACUGACGAAUGAAAUUAUCGCCUUUUCGUUUUUACUGUCAGUGUUAAUGUAUGUUGCGAAUGAAGAUUAUGGAUACCAAAUAAAGUUGUUGUUCGUAGGUGGUGGAGAUUGCGGCGCUUCACAUACUCAUACUGUUUUACCGAUCACAAUGAUUUCGCCCCUUUGAAAGUAAUUCCGAUUUUCACAGGGCAUAAAGAGUGUAGAGGGCGCCAGUGGACCGUACUUCACCUUCGAACAAUGGCGCGAAACAUCUCCCCAUUCAUUUCUGAUUCAAAGAUUUCUGAUUGCGCCCUGCGGUAAUUAGUAGCAGUUUUAAGGAGAUUCGCUAACGAAUUUUCAACAAAUGGGCUUAUGGAUAUUUCAGUUUCUAAUUUCUGAUGGAGGCUAGUGGAAGAAAAUAGUCGAAACAGUGUCACCCACAUCUCUGUACCAUGGAGACAGUUUUCCGAUUAAUUUACGAUUACUUAAAAAACCUAUUAUGUGACAGCUCAUUCUUCCAUUCUUUUUAUAAAGUAGAAUAAAGAACCAUUUGUUUAUAAAAUUUAAUUCAAGCGAAUGCUGCUGUCUUAAUUAACAAAUGCUUUUUCCAGUCUAAAUUAAUUCCAAAUGUCAACGAAUAGAAGUUUUCCGCAUCAACUAAGAGAAACAUUAAGAAAUGCAGAUAUCGAUAAGUUCAUCCGUUAAGAACUGACUUCCGAAUUCUUUUAACACUCUGGCUACAAGAUAUUCGUCUGUAAGUCCUGUCCCACCAUAUCACCCAUGUACGCACAUGCAACUGUCACUUAACAUAUGAAACAAUAGACAUUUAUGAUUAGUCGUGAAAACACUUUCGCCCCGCGUGGGGUGAUCGUUACGUUUAUCAAUAUUUGACACGUCCGAUUGAUUAGUGGAACGCCACGUCCCGUUAGUUUCAAUCCCCGAGUUUUAUCCCAAGCCUCGACUUCAAUCAAUCGUAUAUUUUUCUGCCCGACCAAGUGCCGUCCGAAUGGCUGCGUAGCCAUGCAGCGCUAUCUUAGAGUAGCGAUCGUAGAACGUAGUUCACAGGUGACAACCGAUCGAUAAUCAAUAAUCUCGUAAUGAGAAUUUCCCGGCUGACCCACGAGGAGAACCGCUCAAUUAGACCGGCCUCAGCGUUAACCGCUAGCGUAUUGUUUAUUAACGAAUGAUAUUUUACACCUUCCGGCGAGCGACUUUCUCGCUGCAAGGUGUCCAGCUCCUUCCCCGAUUGCGAUCGACGAUCCGUUCCGAGCAGUCCUUGGACGUCGACUCGUGGCAGGACGGU